GAUGUCGUGAUGAAGAUGAUUCGACAUCCUGGCACGGCGGUAGCUAAUGGCGGCCCUGGAUGGGGGCAACGAGGGGAUGAGGGGCUGGCGGGAUUGGCGAGGCGCAGAACGAUGUGCUCGAAAAUCACAUCAGGUUGCUACGGCGGCGGAGGGCUCCUUCCCCUCGGGGGCGACGCCCGGGUUAGUGACGGUGAGGUAUAAAUGCGCCGCUCCCCGCGGGCCAGCAGAGCGAAGCACACCGUCCCUUUCCCUCCAGCCCGCCCUCUGCUCGUUUUGUUGCUAGCCAGGUCGAGUACGUUCUCGCCUGCCCCACGUCGAGCGCCGCCGCUGCACAGACCGAAUCUCGAUUGCCCUUCAGAAACCAAGGCACCUACCAGACAGCGCUCUUCUGCCAGCCUCCGCCCUGCACAACUUUUCCUACCCUCCCGUCCACGUCGAAUCGAAUCACAAUGGCCUCCAAGGCGAUCCCCGCGCACCUGAAGGCCGCCGCGAGCAAGGUCGCGGGCAACGCCGACGCCGACUUCGCCCAGCGCCAUCACGGCAAGUCGCAGUCACAUGUGGCUUUCGAGAACACCUCCACAAAUGUUGCCGCUUCGCAGAUGCGCAAUGCCCUCAACAAGCUGUCGGAUACGGUGACGGACCCCAAGGAGAAGAAGCGCUUCGAGACGGAGAUGGACAACUUCUUCGCCCUGUUCCGACGAUACCUGAACGACAAGGCUAAGGGCAACGCCAUCGACUGGAACCGCAUCGCUCCUCCCAAAGCCGAGCAGGUCGUCAACUACGAUGACCUCGCCAACUCUGAGGCGGUUGAAUACCUGAGCAAGCUGGCGGUGGUUAAGCUCAACGGUGGCCUGGGAACCUCCAUGGGUUGCGUUGGCCCCAAGUCGGUUAUCGAGGUCCGUGACGGCAUGUCGUUCCUCGACCUGUCGGUGCGCCAGAUCGAGUACCUUAACCGGACGUACGACGUCAACGUACCCUUCGUGCUGAUGAACUCGUUCAAUACCGACCAAGAUACCGCGAAUAUCAUCAAGAAGUAUGAGGGCCACAACAUCGACAUCCUCACCUUCAACCAGUCGAAGUACCCGCGUGUGCUCAAGGAUUCGCUUCUCCCGGCACCAAAGUCUGCAGAUUCGGAUAUUGCCAACUGGUACCCCCCAGGCCACGGUGACGUCUUCGAGUCGCUGUACAACUCUGGCAUCCUCGACAAGCUCAUCGACCGCGGCAUCGAGAUUAUUUUCCUUUCCAACGCUGAUAACCUUGGUGCCGUCGUCGACCUCCGCAUCCUGCAGCACAUGGUGGACUCCAAGGCGGAGUACAUUAUGGAGCUGACUGAUAAGACCAAGGCUGACGUCAAGGGUGGUACCAUCAUCGACUACGAGGGCUCCGUCCGUCUGCUCGAAAUCGCGCAGGUGCCCAAGGAGCAUGUCAACGAGUUCAAGUCGAUCAAGAAGUUCAAGUACUUUAACACUAACAACAUCUGGAUGAACCUGAAGGCCGUAAAGCGCGUUGUCGAGAACAACGAGCUCGCCAUGGAGAUCAUCCCCAACGGCAAGUCUAUUCCGGCCGACAAGAAGGGCGAGGCCGAUAUCUCCGUCCUGCAGCUCGAGACUGCCGUUGGUGCCGCUAUCCGCCACUUCAAGAACGCCCACGGUGUCAAUGUGCCCCGCCGACGCUUUUUGCCCGUCAAGACCUGCUCCGAUCUAAUGCUCGUCAAAUCAGACCUGUACACUCUCCAACACGGCCAGCUCGUCAUUGACCCGAACCGCUUCGGCCCUGCGCCGUUGAUCAAGCUUGGCAGCGACUUCAAGAAGGUGUCGAGCUUCCAGUCACGCAUCCCGUCCAUUCCCAAGAUCGUGGAGCUGGACCACCUGACUAUCACCGGUCCUGUCAACCUCGGCCGCGGUGUUACUCUCAAGGGUACCGUCAUCAUCGUCGCUACCGAGGGUCAGACCAUCGACAUCCCGCCAGGCUCCAUCCUCGAGAAUGUGGUGGUGCAGGGUUCGCUGAGGUUGCUCGAGCAUUAGAGCGGGUUAGUAUUUAGAUGUGCGGUAGAUUUAUCCUGGCAUUUGCUUCAAGGUGUUGGGCGGUGCGCUGGCAAUCAUGGUGAACGGAUGCAUGCUUUCUUGUAGCUAGAAAAUGGUAUACGGGGCGCAGUGGCUGCGCUACCCAAGGUUAUCAAUUGUAAUACAGUACCUUCUGAGCGGCUGGUAGGGCUCCCUGCAGGCAGUGGGCUUCCAAGUUUCCAGAUCGCAAUUUGUGUCGACCGGUAGACGCUCCGAACUAUGU